AUGACAGCCCUCAUUGAAGUCUCAUUGUCAUGGCUUUUUAAGAACGCAAAGGGCCACGAUGCGAAAAGCUUCUUCAAGGGACCUGCCUUCUCCGACUUUCAGGAGAAGCAGGAGAUCACCGUUACAGCGCCGGAAUGCGGCCCCACUAACUCGGUGCUCGGUGUCGAGUAUACGCACGACGGAAUAGGCAAGUUCCCUGCUUUGCGGUGGGAGGCGCCUUCGCAUAUUGCAGACCAAGUGAAAGAGUGGUUACUAGUUUCGGAGGAUCCAGAUGCGCCUUUGCCAACGCCUAUCUGCCACGGCAUCUACGGAGGCAUCCCACCUACGAAGACAAGUGUUGAACCCGCCGACUUCGAAGUAGAAGAUCCUAGCAAUGCGCUUCUCAAAGGCGGGUUCCAUUAUGGACGGUCGAGAAACGGCAGCGUUUACAUCGCGCCUCGGCCACUAUUAAAUCACGGACCACAUAGAUAUUUCUUCGAGAUCAUAGCAUUAAAAGAACCGCUAGAUCCUAGCUUGUUAACUGCGACAACGACGAGAGAGCAGAUCGGCAAGGCUAUCGUAGGGAAGAUUCUAGGAUGGGGAAUGUGGGUAGGAAUCGCGGAAAGAAAAUGGGAGUAG